AUCUAUCUUCACAAAGGCACAUAGUGUGAGGGCAACUACCUUCAAAGUUACAGUAUUGGCUUUGCUCCUACUUGUGGAAAGGUGGCUCAGUGGAUUGUAACUCCAAAAUCAUGGCUUCCUGGCCAUGGUGACUGGAUGACCUACAUUCUUUCGUUGCUUGGAGAAGGGGAAAUGCCGGGUUUGGUGAUAUCUCUUCCUUCAAAAAAAUGGAAGAGCUGAAUAAGAUUUUCUAUCACUGUCCUAUGAAAUCUUCAAACAACACAAGCCACUCAACAUCAAAAUGGUCUUCAGUGAAGAGACAAGCCCUUGCCUAUUUCUUUGCAAACCCACACUAUGGCAGCAUCAUUAAUGCAGACGGUCAUGCUGAAGUGUGGACAGAUUGGAAUAGUAUGUCCAAGUUUUUCCAGUAUGGAUGGAGAUGUACCACUAAUGAGAAUACCUAUUCAAACCGUACCCUGAUGGGCAACUGGAACCAGGAAAGAUAUGACCUAAGGAAUAUCGUGCAACCCAAACCUUUGCCUUCCCAGUUUGGACACUACUUUGAAACAACAUAUGAUACAAGCUGUAACAACAAAAUGCCACUUUCAACACAUAGAUUUAAGCGAGAGCCUCACUCGUUCCCAGGACAUCAACCUGAGCUGGAUCCUCCUGGAUACAAAUGCACAGAAAAGUCAACUUAUAUGACUAGCUACUCAGACCCUCAAAUUGGGCAUGACUCUGCAUGUGUGUGGAAUCCUAAUAACUGCCGACUUAAGGAGCCAGGAUUCUAAGAAGGAAUAAGAGGCUUCAUUUUUCCAGAAUAGAUUGUAGGAGGGAGCAUAUUCUAAGCACAACUAAGAAUCUAGCUGAUGAGAGCACAAUUUCACAAUCUGAAUAAAGAAAGCACGGAGAAUAUUCCCUACCCCCUUUUUUGUUUGUCCUAAUCAAGAUUUAAAUGUCAAAUUUAAGUUCAUUGCAUCUGCUCUUAGGUCUACAUUACGAGGUAGUAGGAGAAGAUUCAAAAGAAGUAUUUCAAAUCUGCAGCCACUUUGCUCUUCCCUGCCUUCCAUUCAUGGCAGACCUGCAAAAUCCAGCAUAAGGUUAUGUCUGGCUAGAUGCUUCCUGAAUGUGAGCCUGGCAUUCACAGUCAGUGUAACUUCUUUGUGACCUUAGUGAACAUCCCCUCUUAAGAACUAGAAAAGGAAAAACAACUUUUUAAAACUAUUAUAGUGAAUUUAAAACGUGCAAAAUUAGACAGAAUAGUCCAGUGAACUCCCAUCACCCAGUGUGCACAAUUUGACCAGUCUUAACUAUUCGUAUCUACUUUCUCUAUUUUUUUUAAAUUAAUUUUGGAGCAGAUCUCACAAAUUAUAUCAUGUUGUCUGUCAAGAUUUCAGUAUGUAUCUCAAAAAGAUAAGGACUGUAGGUGUUUUAUUCCUUCACAGAGACCAUCACAGAAACCUCAUCAAACAAAGCUGAGUUUCUAAGCCUGCAGCAAACAAGAGCAACUUGACAAAAUCUUGGAGAGAAUUCAAAAGGGGAAUGUUGUGAGGGGUAGAGGGUAUCUUUAGAGACUUGGGGUUACUUUAAGAUGGGUCUUGCAAAGCGGGGAACUGGUAUGGAUUGAGAUAAGAUUUGGGACUAGUCCAGGGUUAGUGUGCACAGGGAGGAAAGAGUCUACAUUUUAAUACAGUUAAACUUACCAAUAUUUUACUUUUUUAUUUUGUUGCCUGUUUAUUAUGACAAUAUAACAUAUGGGAGAGGUCUCCCAUAUAUUUCCUCCCAAACCUUAAUUAUUUUAUGUUACAGACACAGAUACGGAAUUUACGUCUUAUGUGUCUAUGUAUAUAGUUAGGUCGUAACUAAGUUUCAUUUUUUUCUAUGUGACUGUCCAGUUUUCCCAGCAUUAAUUACUGAAAAGACCAUACUUUCUCCACUGCUCUCCUAUGCCAUUUUUAUUGUAAAUCAACUGUGUAUACUUAGACCUCUUUCUGGCUAUUACAUUCCAUUGGCCUGUCGUUGCAUAUGCUAGCUUAGCCACAAUGCCUCUCUAUCAUAAUUAUGAUAAUUUUGUAAAUCUUAAUAUCUAAUAAAUCAGAUAACUUUACCUUG